GUGCUCUCUCAAAGGCCCCAUAGCCCUCCACUUCCUGAGGAGGCAGCGGCAGAACAAAGCCAGCAGAGGCUUCUUUUCUCUUUAUCCUCUGGGCCACUGCUGCCAGAGCCUCUGCCUCCAGGCACCGUCCUGAGGGAGAAAGACAAGAUGAAGUGGAAGGUGUUUGUUAUCGCGGCUGUCCUGCAGACACAGUUCCCAGUUACAGAGGCACAGAGCUUCGGCCUGCUGGACCCCAAGCUCUGCUACUUGCUGGAUGGGAUCCUCUUCCUCUACGGCGUCAUUGUCACCGCCCUGUUCCUACGAGCAAAGUUCGGCAGGAGCGCAGACAUGCCCGUGUACCAGUCCGGCCCCAACCAGCUCUACAAUGAACUCAAUUUAGGAAGAAGAGAGGAGUACGAUGUUUUGGACAAGAGGCGCGGCCGUGACCCUGAGGUGGGAGGGAAACAGCAAAGGAGAAAGAACCCCCAGGAAGGCGUGUAUAAUGCACUGCAGAAAAACAAGAUGGCGGAGGCCUACAGUGAGAUUGGGAUGAAAGGCGAGAACCAGAGGCGGAGAGGCAAAGGGCAGGACGGCCUUUACCAGGGGCUCAGCACGCCUACCAAGGACACCUAUGAUGCCCUCCACAUGCAGGCCCUGCCCCCUCGCUAACAUCAGGGCUGUCACCCCUUAGGCUCACCUGCAGACGCCGAUUGUUGAAGACUCAGGAUACGGCAUUUAGAACCCAGUGCACUCACGUUGCUCGGCCACCAAGGUCCCUCUCUGUGAAUAGGAUGCUUCAAGUUAUAACAUUUGGUCCCGUCUAGCUCUACACUGUCAUACACGGACAUCUCCCUGGACUCUGUGGGAUGACAUUCCCCACGGUUACAGCCCUGUUCUCCAUCAGCCAGCUGUGAACGUGGCGUGUUCUCGGGUCUUCAAGUUUGCUGGUGGUAGCAGCCCCUCUCCCACAGGCUCAGUGCUCUCACCCAGGAAAUGGGCACACUCCACCUCACAGCUAAGUCUGUGUCUCAUAUAGUCCCAGAGAAACCACAAAUGUUACAUAUGUUCUAAUGGUCUGUCCUGCGCUGCCAGCAUUUGAGUGGCUUCGCACCUGCUGUAAAUUUGGCUUCCUUUGUCAGCCUCCUCCUGACUUCAAGGUAACUUGUAACUGAGCCGAGGAGGCUGUGGUGUCUGCUUGUGAGAGGGGAAGAUGGGAAGAGAGUCCAGGCAAGUCUGCAAGGGCCAGAGGUGGCUGAGGGGAGGAGGCGGGAGUGGGUGGGGGUGGGAGUCAGGGGCAGCCAGAGCUGUGGGGACAGGGACCCACGGGUACUGGAAGAUGACCAAGGCUGUCCUUGUUCUCGUGGCUCUCACAUUCUUAUAGGGGAAAUGAGUUGCAAACAAAUUGGUAUAAAAAGCACAGAAAUUGUCAUUAGAGGGUAUGAAAUGGGCCGGGGGGAUGGGGGCGAGAGGAGAGAGCAAGACCGUGUUGUUUUCUGAGCACUUGGUUCACCUCACGCCUUGAGUGAAAGACAAACCCACUGUUGUGAAGGCCUCGGGGGAAGACCCAGCACCACUCCCACCUAUAAAGAUCCAGCAGACAGUGGCCCAAUGGGCAAAGCCUCAGUGGACUUUCAGGAACAUGGCUGUGUAAUUAAAGGGCACGUGGCCCUGGAUGGAGUACCCUCUCAGCUCUGCUUGGUUUUAAUUUAUACUGGUUUGCUAAUGCCGUGCUAUUUUGCAUAAUAAAUACAGCAGUGAAAAUGCUUUGCUCUAAGCUUUCUUUCAGCAGUUGAGCCUGAAGUGAUAGUUCAGUCAUCAUGGAACCAGGGUGCUGUUGUUGCAGUGGGGACCAGCCACUGAUGCUCAGGAGAGGACGGGGGUUCCCGGGAGCAUGUGGGUGAACACAGGUGCACACAGCGGCCCACAGUGUGAGGUGAGCACAGCACCCAGGCUGGUGGCUGUGUCUCAUGGGACCAUGAACAGUGCUCAGGGCAGUACCACAUAUCGGGAUGGGCCUGGGCCUUAUGCCGGAGUCAGAGAGGUGAUAAGAAAGGGCAGGUAAGGAGGCCCGAAGGGCAGCCUAUCAGCACUGAGCCAGCCAGUGGAGCACAGGAAGGUGAGAGGGAGAAGCCAGCCUAGCAUCUGGGCAUCAGGAAUAGGCGACGUGGUGAGCAGAGGCAUCCCAGAGUUAGGAAGAGCAGGCAGUCGAUGCCACAGCACCAGUGUCUCUGUCCAUGCGCCUUGGGGGAGGGAAGAACAACAGAGGUCUUUUAGGCCAGUUUUCCUUG